GGCUACCAACAGCAAAUUUGGGUUUCUUUGGGUUGGUCAGCCAAUUUGGGUUCCAUUUCCGAUGACCCCAUCUAAAAGUAUUCGUUUCCUCUCUGAUAUUAUCACAUACAAUACCCAAUUUCAUUUCUUUAUAAUUCCAAAAGGUUUCCAAGUGUGUCUUUUACCUUAUUUAGUAGUAGUAUUCUUUUAUUUACAUCUGCUAACCUGCGCUGCUCAGAUUUGUGCCAUGUAGCAAUCCCAAAGGCCUUGCCUUUGAAGGUUUCAAACUAUUGGUGUUGGUCAUGUCGAAUCUUUUCUUGGCAGUUGGCAUAGAUAAAAAGCUUAUACUUAAGAGAGAGAAAAUUUACAAAUUUACAAAAAAUAUAUAAAAAUAUAAAUAUAGAGAGAGAAAAGAUUCAUAAAGAAAAUGACAACAACCAAUAUCCAUGAAUUACUCUAAAUAUCUCUGUCUUCUUUGAUCCACUUCUUUCCGUAUUGUAGAGGUUGGUUCUCUUUCAUCUAAAAGGUUUGGCUUGAUUUUUCUCAUUUCAAACAUAGCCUUUGUUCUCUGUCUCUCUAUCUGAAUAGUUUGAGUCUUUUUAUUCAUUUCUCUUUCUAGCUAUACCCUUUGUUUCUUGUCUGUUGUUUGUCUCUCCCUCAUUAAAGGGUUGAACAGAGUUGAGUUGGAUUAUCUAUAUUUUGCAAAGAAUUUUUGGUGGUGAAUUUGAAGGUGAAAAUGAUGAUGAUGACAAUGGAAGGAAUGAUGGAUAAGGGAGUAUUGGAUGAUAUAAUAAGAAGGUUGUUGGAAGGGAGAGGAGGCAAGCAGGUUCAGCUUUCUGAAGGAGAGAUCCGUCAGCUUUGUGUUAAUGCUCGUCAAAUCUUCCUCUCACAGCCUAUUCUGCUUCAGAUUCAUGCUCCCAUCAGAAUCUGUGGUGAUAUACAUGGACAAUACCAAGAUCUCUUGAGGCUCUUUGAGUAUGGUGGCUAUCCUCCUGCCGCAAACUACCUGUUCCUUGGGGAUUAUGUUGACAGGGGCAAGCAAAGUUUGGAGACAAUAUGUUUGCUUUUGGCCUAUAAAAUAAGAUAUCCUGACAGAAUUUCUCUCUUAAGGGGAAACCAUGAAGAUGCAAAGAUCAAUCGGGUUUAUGGGUUUUAUGAUGAGUGUAAAAGGAGAUUUAAUGUUAGGCUUUGGAAAAUAUUUACCGACUGCUUUAACUGUUUACCCGUAGCUGCACUCAUUGAUGAGAAGAUACUUUGUAUGCAUGGAGGGUUGUCUCCAGAGUUGGAAAAUUUGGAUCAAAUAAAGGAAAUUCAAAGGCCAACUGAAGUUCCUGAUAAUGGUCUUCUCUGCGAUCUACUUUGGUCUGAUCCUGAUCCAAAGGUUGAGGGCUGGGCAGAUAGUGAUCGAGGAAUUUCAUGUACCUUUGGAGCUGAUAUAGUUGCUGAAUUUUUGGAUAAGAAUGACCUUGAUCUCAUUUGCCGAGGUCAUCAGGUUGUGGAGGAUGGCUAUGAGUUUUUUGCUAAUAGGAGAUUAGUAACAAUAUUUUCAGCUCCAAACUAUGGCGGAGAGUUUGACAAUGCUGGUGCUCUAUUGAGUGUUGACGAAGCGCUUGUGUGCUCUUUUGAUAUAUUGAAACCAGCUGAUAAUAAAGCAUCACCAAGUAGUUCUAACAAAGUGACACUGAAAAAGGUAUGUACACUCAAGCAAAAGUAUUAUAUCCUGGUUUUAAUAGUGAACAACUAACUUCAGAAAACAUUCAGUCUUGCCUAUGCAUGGUUAAAUCUGUUGUGUUUCUGUUCUCAACAGCCACCAAAGAUUGGAAAGAUUUGACGCGCUGUAAGGGUUUUUAAGAAGUAGUUGACUCAUAUAGAAAAUUCGGCAUGCUUAUAAAUGGACUUUACAAGAAAACCUUCCGUGAGGUCGAUGCUUGCCGGUUAUUUAAUUGUAAGAAAAUUAUCAAAAAAUCUGUACAUCAACUACCUCUUUUCUCUUCUGUGCAUUAACAAAAAUUUUUGUUGACUUUUGUUUUGGACAAGUUUUUAUAUGCUAUGUGAUCUGGUACUCACCAUUAGCGUGCGAGUACGGGAUCAACCUACUUUUAUAUUGAAUGUAUUUGUACAUCAACUACCAUUUUCUGGUUAUCAAUAGGCUAAUUAGAGGCUAGAGGAUAAAUAUGUAUGUCAGAAAUGGACUUUCAAGAUGAAACUGAACAU